CCGAAAAAGCAAACAUUUCAGUCGCCGUGCAGCAGAAUAAACACCUUUCCACGGCACGACAUUUAUUCUUACAAGUUCGCGCCUUGAAUGAAUCCAUUCAAAAUAGAAACAGGGAGAGCGAGGUCAAGUUCAGCAGGGGAGGAAGGUGCAGCUUCGAUGACAGCGUGAUGUAAGCGUGUGGGCACAGCGCAAGGUGUGAGUGCUAGGGAAUGUAAACCUCAUCAUGAGAAGAUAACAAUAGUUCCUCGAGCUGUAUCACACUGACUCAGGCCUCCAGCUGACACAUGCAGAACGGCUGCACAGUACAGCUUUGUGCACAGAAAUAGUCUCAUUUUCGCACACUAACUGAAAUAAUGCACCACACGCUGGCAGCCCCCCCACCCUCACCUCCCUUUAAUUAAAAUUUAGGCUGAAAGACGAACUGUGUGUUGGUCACUGACUGUCUGUACCCACCAGCCAUGACGCAUGACAUCACUGGUGGUCUAUAUUCAGUGUGCUGCAAAAGACGCAGCUAACUUUCGGUACUUUGUGAUUUUUGCACCUCCCUUUGGCACUCCAUGUGUGGGACUUCUUCCUCCACAACACAUUUACGCUCAUCACUUCCUCACUCCUCGUUCCCUCCUUCUCUCCUCUUCUCAUCUUUCAUUUUGCCCCUGUCUAUAAUUGGAUUCUAUUUUCAGGCCGCUGUAAGUGUCUAUGUCUCUUGUGUUUGUGUCUCGCACCCCAUUUUCUCCUCCAUCGUCACCCUCUUCUCUUUUCGUUGCCAUCUCCCUCUCCCUUUUUCCUCUUACCAGCUAAAGCCACUCUACAUAUUCUCUCUUUUAUUUUUUCCCUUGUUCCGCCCUCAAAACAUUGAACUCUUGCAACACCUUUCACUGACCUUUUUAUCCUUUUAUUCGUGACUGUUAAAUGUGAUGUGUGUCGUGCUAAAAGCUUUAUGCAAAACUGUGUUAGGUGAAGUAAUGCAAUGCGGAGUAAACUGCCCCUAACUGAUGUGAAUAGCUCUCUCAUGACCUAAUUCUGGUAGUCUGGGUUACACAGCGAUCUGAGAAAGAGGAGGAUAUAUUUAGGGAGUAGAAGAAACUAGAAAAAAAAGAUGAUGACAUGUUUGUGACAAUAGAACCGACAAAAUAUACAGUAGCAACGAAGUAUUUAUAACAUACUCAUGCAAAUACGAUCAUAUAAUAUGUGUGACACAUCUUUAUGUUGUUUGUGACAUUUUAGGAAAGGCAGCGAGCCAAUAAAACAGCAUUUAUUAAGGGGAGGAGUGAAAAAUGAGAGGCUGGCAGAGGGAGGGAGUCGUGCUGUAGAACUUGGUUGGCUGUUCGGAUGUCUCUAGAGGUGCGCCGCAUAUUUAAAAGACGAAAAAGACUUAGAGAGAAAGGAGGAGAGUCUGUCAGGGAUGGGAAAAAGUUGACUGACGAGUAGAGGAAAUGGUGAUCUCUCAUCAGACCAAAAAACCCUCGCUGACGAGGCCAGGAAGCUGCAAAGCCACGACCCAUCCGUCUCGACGCGGUCACGUGGCACAGAGCCGUUCCACGCCCGUGCGGACAGUGCACAUCCGACCGCUGGCACCACGAAACACACCCUCAUGCAAACAGCACGCUCAAACCUCGCGGACGUACAGGGUGCACACACGUCUGACUCAGACGCACAAGACUACCUCACAGUCUACACACUGCUGCCCGGCGCAGCCCCAUGAGCAGUACACAGCACACAGCGAUCACUCAGGCUGCACCUUCUACUGCUAUUUCUGCUACUGCUGUUACUGCUGCUGCCUCACGUUGCUCUCUUUCUCUCUCCUCCUCCUCCUGUCUCCACCUCCCAACACUCCUCCCUCUUCCUCUUUGUCCUCUAAUACCACUCUUCCGCCUUCCUCGUCCUCCAUCCGUCCAUCAUCAACUUCCUGUUUGGAUGAACUUUCCUGUAUUUACCCUGAUGUCAACCUGACUUCUCCUGCUGUGCCUCCCUACUGCCCUGUGCCACCUUGUCUCAUCCCUGAUGAUUCUUUGCUUUUCUUCUUCAUCUCAUCACCUGACAUCACCACUCCUGACCAACUCACCUCCUGCCACGGCUCCUCUUCUAAAUCUUCUCAUUCCUCUUCUACCUCUGACUCCUCUGCCCCUCGUCAUCAUCCUAUUCUGUGCCGGCCGUGGCCUUCUUCACGCUCUCUUUCCUCCCUGCUCCUCUGCCCUCCCAGCUUUGGGGAUCCAGUCUUAUCCUAUGCUUCCACUUUGGAGCACUUACCCUCCGGGCCGGCCCGGCCUCGGACGCUGCUGCGCCAGCAGAGCCUUCAGCAGCCUCUCAUCCACCCGUCAGGCCCUGGUCUCUGCCAUCCCCCCACCACAUCCCAGAGCUUGGGACAAUUACACACUGCACCUGGACAGCCUGGGGGAGGCGGGGGUGCUGGGAGAGGAGAGGGAGGUGGCAACAGUGGUGAGGGUGGGGAUGCAGGUACACGAGGUGGUCCCCGGGGUGCACGGGGCGGUGCAGCAGCGGCAGGUGCGUCUCGCUAUAGGGGAGGUGGAGCAGGAGGGCGCUCGCGUGCCAACCCGGGCAGCUGGGAUUACAUGAUGGACCAGAUCCGGAAUCGUGGGCUGGAUGUCAAGUCCUUCCUUGAAGGAAAGCUGGUGGUCCUGGCUUUGGCCAUUGGUGUGGCAGAGCAAGAUGACUUUGCCAAUAUCCCUGACCUGCAGGAAACAGCGCAGGCAGCACCACCGCCACCAGCCAAUCAGGAACCGCCCCCUGAGAAGAGAGGCAACAAGCCAGCCAACAGCCCCAAGGGCCAACCUCCUGAUGCUGAUGGCCACUCCUCUGUAACCGACCUGGCCAACUCUCUCACUGGAGACAUGGUGAUGCUGUCCCCAGGUUCGGAGGAUGAUGAAGGGCCCAUCAGUGAAAAGCUGGGUCGGAUCCAGUUCAGCAUAGGCUACAGUUUCCAGAACACGACCCUCACGGUCAAAGUUCUCAGGGGCCAGGACCUCCCGGCCAAGGACUUCUCUGGCACCUCCGACCCCUUUGUUAAAAUCUACCUACUGCCUGACAAAAAGCACAAGCUGGAGACCAAGGUCAAGAGGAAGAACCUCAACCCCCACUGGAACGAAACCUUCCUGUUUGAGGGCUUCCCUUAUGAGAAGGUGAGAGAGCGCACUCUCUACCUUCAGGUGUUGGACUAUGACCGUUUCAGCAGGAAUGACCCCAUUGGAGAGGUGUCAGUCCCCCUUAAUAAGGUGGAACUGGGCCAGUUAAAGACCUUCUGGAAGGAGCUGAAGCCCUGCAGUGAUGGCAGUGGGAGACGAGGAGACCUGCUGGUGUCUCUCUGCUAUAAUCCCACCGCCAACACCAUCACUGUGAACAUCAUCAAAGCACGCAAUCUCAAAGCCAUGGAUAUCGGGGGCACCUCAGAUCCCUAUGUGAAGGUGUGGCUGAUGCACAAGGACAAGCGUGUAGAGAAGAAGAAGACGGUGGUGAUGAAGCGCUGUCUCAACCCCAUCUUCAAUGAGUCCUUCCCCUUUGACGUGCCCGCCCAUGUGCUGAGGGAGACUACCAUUAUCAUCACCGUCAUGGAUAAGGACAGACUCAGCCGCAACGAUGUUAUUGGCAAGAUCUACCUAUCGUGGAAGAGUGGACCAGCGGAAGUGAAGCACUGGAAAGACAUGCUCGCUCGGCCGCGCACUAAUGUCGCCCAGUGGCACGCUCUCAAGGCCUGAUCGCACUACCCAGCUUCCUUCAUGGCCCCUUCCCGUCUCCUAUCCCUCCCUCCUCCUCCUCCUUCUCUCUCUCUCCUCUCUAUCUCUCCCCUCCUCCCACUCCUGUCCUUAUGCACAAGACUGACUUGCUGCCAGGCUGCGAAACACGGGUACAAUUAGCCAUCUGCUCUCUUAAACCUUUAAAGUCCUUUUCUCUUUUCUUUCAAGGAUCUCAAAUUUUUUCUCCCCGACCCGUCUCUUGUGUUCCCUCCUCUCAUACAGCCCCAUCUCAGUUUCCGUGUCUCACCCCUUUGCCAAUGGUUCCCCUGUUUCUGACUGUCUGUAUGUCCGUCUGUCCGUCCUUAUGCACUUUGCCUGUGGAGGUCUGAUAAUCAAUUCCUUUGCCGAUCCCUUAGUUUUGAACUGCACUGCAGCCCCUGACCCAUACAAGGUGCCAGUCCCGUGGGAUCACAGAGAAUCGUCAGUAAUGAUCUAAUCUCAUAUAAUCCUGUUGUAUGAAUAUUCCAGGUAUACAAUACUAUACAGUAUGUACUGUAUGUACAUAUACAUAUGAAUAUAUUAGGUGUAUAGAUUGGCAGAACUCCCCUAUACACACGACUAGUAUACAGUAUAUUACUCAUAGGUCGCCUGCUGUUUCCCAUCUCUUCCGUCUCUUCAUUUGCCGCCUCGUCCUUGUCAUCUGUCUCAAGAGUACUAUAUUCCCCCUCCUUUUCAGUCCUUCCUCCUUUUUACUCAAAAGUGGUUUAAUGUUCAGCUGAAGUUGUUGAAAGCAAUCAAUAUAUGGUGUGUAAUGAAACCAGCUGAGCUCAAGAUGGAAUUGUUGAUACCGCUGUCUCUUCUCUCCUCUUUUUUCUUCCCUAUGUCCCUUUUUUCUCUCUUCUUUUCCCCCUUUAUUGUUCCCAAUUUCUCUUCCCCUGGCACAAUAUUAGCGAAUUCCUCCCCCACUCCCCCUUUCUGGACGUCCCUCCCCCUCUUCCUCCUCGUCGUCUGUGUGCUGUGGGUGCUGUGCUGUAGCUCCGACAAAAAUAGAGAUUAAAAAUUAAAAAAAUAAACUGAACUUUCCGAAGCUGGGAAAGCAGGGACACGAUGAACUUGUGAAACGGAGCGCUCCUGAUGUUUUCCAGACAAAAAAGCCCCGACACGGAGAGAGAGAAAAAAGAAGAUGAAAACACAAACAAGCAAACAGAUCCUUCCUCCCCCUCAAGAUACUAUGAUGUCAUUUUUCACAGCAUCACCAACUGAGGAAACGAGUUUAAAAUCUUCUUCCAACGUUAAGAUGAGAGCAGAGGCAAGAGGCCACGUUUGUGCAGUUUACGCACGUGCACGUGGGUUUGCGUGUGCACACUUCCGUCUGUUUAAUGAUGCUAUGAAUUCUUUGUGCUGCCCCGUGCUCAUGUUUUACGCUGACGGGGGUGACGAUCUCCGUCCGUUUUGACUGUGCGCUGUGCUGUGGUGAUGUGUGCCUGUUGGUGUGCGUUUGUUUUCACAGGAGCCGUUCUGUAGAAAUCUUCUCUUUUCUCUUUCUCAUGUUGCGCUCUUCUUGCUCUUCUUACUGCCAUUGUUUCCCCAUCUUCUACUGCCCUGCCUUCUGAACGAGGGCACGGGGAAGUUCUAUCUGCACUUUUUGGAAAUGUAAUAACAAUAAUAAUGAUGAUGAUGAUUAUAGUGAUGGUGAAAAAUUAAGGGAGGAGUGUCUGAAAGGGCGAGCAGAAGUUGGGGAGAGGUGACGUCUUCUCUGUGAUUUCAGGGCUUGGAGAUGUAGGUCAUAGAGGAUGCAGGGCUCUCAUCCUCCUCUUUUUAUUCUUUUUUCUCGAUGUACGUGCAUGUGUGUGUGUCAGCUACCACACUCCUGGUGGCAGACUGCUGGUGUCUGAAAUGUCAGGCCGGGAUGGAGAUAUCAGGCUUGUCUUCUUGUCACGUGGAAGCCGGCCAGCACAGCAGUGCUAUUUCACAAAGCGUCAAUCAACAACAAGAGCGUGAUCAGAGCUCUAACCAACAGUCUGUCCUGUAUUCCUCGCUGAACAAUUGUUAGGCAUCUAAAACAGUCAUUUCGAUGUGCAUUUUUCCAGUUUCCACACUGGAAGAAAAAUAAUAAAACAAUAAAACAUUCUUUGGGUUUUUGUUGCACUUCAAAGGAAAAAUGAGCAAGCGUGUAUCACAGACAAUAGGUGUGAUAUUAGACAAUGGCCUGAUCUGCCACCGUGAGAUACCGUAGAAGCAGAUUAGACAUUAUCUCUUCACUGAGUGCUAGAGAGUACCAUAGAGUGUACCGUUGCCCUCUUUGCCCGGCACAUUCAACACAGCUCGAUAUUUCUGUAACGUAGAUAAAACUGUCAUAAAGCAGCAGCAACUGGAAAAGCUGUCAACUAUUGAGAGCUACUUAAAAAGAAAUCUGCUUUCUUAGUGUGCUCUUUACUACAGCCUGCCUGUGUGGGGGGGUUUUUUUGCAUUCAUGAAGUCUUGACAAGCGAAUCACGUCACCUGUUCCUUUCUUUUCUUCCAGCGGCUUAAUUUUCUAAAUGAAAAUCCUCAUUUCAGGAAACUCUCAAGUUAAACAGACUUACCAAGUAAAUAUAAUCAGUUUGUUUCUUCGCUGAAACGUAACCAUUUUCGUAAUGCAGCGUGAGUAGUUUUGAACUAACUCGGCCUCAUCAAAAAAAGCUGUGGCCCCUGCAGUGGAUUUUAUUUCCUCGCAUCAUGCAACAAUUUGACAGUAUCUUGCAUUUCGGUGUUUAUUUUCAGUUAUGCCAACCAGUUCAACACUUGACAGACAGUAUGAAUUUGCAGUUGUGUAAGCGUGCGUUGCUCCUUGUCCAGUAGCUCUCUAAGCUGGUCUUGGGCAGCGCACGGUGUGCUCAGUGUGUUCUGGGUAGUGUGGUUUGUGUGAGCCAGGCUGCCGCGAUGCGCUGAUCCAGUCCAGCAACCUUCAGAACAAUUGGCCAGCCGUGGAACAGGGCCCACUGUUUUGACAGCCACUGCCUGCAGUGUCACAGCACAUUACACUCCCAUUAGGUGGUCAAAAAGGAGAAAUAUCUGCCUCCUUGGACCUGGGGGACUCACGAUUUGCAGAGGUAUCACUUGCUAAGAAUAAAAGAAAACGUGGCAGACUCUCAUUAGUUACCAUGUUUGUGAUGGACAGGGAUAGAGCUCGUCGGCGAAAAAAUGGAAAUCAGUGGGUGUUCGCUGCUAAAGCUGUGAAAAGCACACGUGCAGGCGAUGAGUCAACACAGUACCUCUGCUAUUUCCUUUUGCCAAGAUUCCUCGUUGCUCGAAAAGUGAUAAAUUGCUAUGCUACAGGGGCUUACAAAGCUUAGUCAUCAGUGACCCUGUAAACUUGGGGAUACGGCUUUAUUUAUAGAAACAUGAGGCACCGUGUAAUGCCUCUGAUCCUGACAGGUAGGACUGGAAGCUGAAAGGAUACAGGGUCAAGCUUUUAAAACUUACAGCUUUUGAAUACAGAUUAUUUCUUACAUGGAAAUUCAGCGUGUGACAUUUUCUCUUUUCCUCAAUUGGUGGGCCAGCAGAUAAUUAGCCAGAGACACUUUAAUACUUUCUUUGAGCACGUUUUAGCGAGCGAACCGGAGACGUGAAAAGCUCAACAUGCAGUUUAGUCAUUUUGGCGUUACUUUCUCGUUUGUUUGUACUCCCACAGACCACACUGGUACAUCGGCGAAAAUUAAAAGAACCGCAAAACAACAAUUUUCCCCAUUUAAAUCUCUGCUUUUGCUUUUAAGUGGUAACAAAGUGAGCUUUCAUCAUAUCGCAAAGCUGUUAAAAGAAAGAAAUGUUUCAGUACAAAAUCUUUCAUUUUGAUGUGUUAGAUGAGUUAUGCAUAAAUGAGAAACUCACAAUGUGUUAUGUCUCACAGUGAGUUAAUUUGAGUGAGGUUUUAAGUUAGUAAGAGGAAAAACAUUAAAAACAGCUUCAAGAGCCUGUCAUCAGUUCAAAAUCAUGUUUACAAGCCAUUCUCAUAAAGUUGGAACAAGUCACAACGUACCGAGCUGAUAAAACACUGUUAAGCGUGUUUGUUUAGCUGCUGAAGAGGGUCUCAGCUCCCAAGCAGAGCAUUCUGUUUAAACCAAGAGCUUGAUACUUGCAAAUGUUAAAUAUGCAAAGAAUUAGACAUCAAUUAUCUUCAUUUGUGUCGGUUAAAACAGAGUACAUAUGCUGGUAGUCAGAAAAAGAAAAAGUCCAUAAAGUUAACCAUUGUUUCUACAUGUGACAAGGAAAACAAAAUCCAGGUGUGACUGUAAUAUUGGGUGUGCACAGCAGUAUCCCAACUAUCCAGGAAGUUGCUCACUCCAUUAAAAUAACCAGGAGUCCUGAAUAUUAUGUUGUCUUUGCCAGCAGUCAAACAGCAGCACUAUUAAAAUGGAUGCUGCGCUCAGAGCCAAACAGUAUAAAGGAGAAAGCAAUUUCCAAAUCCUAGUUUUAUUAUAUUGCCACCUGUCUCACAUCUCUAAACUUAUUGCUUUUUGUUGGCACCAACACCGUCGGCAAUGACCUUCAACAAUCCUAAGCUCAUGAAUGCAGCAUGGCAGCGGUGCAGAUGCUCCCAGUCGAGAUUCUUUCCUUUCUUUUUUUUGGACCAACUUCUCUCUCUGUUCUCGCUCUCCUUGUGUUCAGGCUCGGCUCCGUCUUUCAUCAUCUCUUCAUUCCCUGGCGGAGCUGGCGGGUAGGUGCAGGUGUAGAUAAUUAGUGUUUGAUUACAAAGCUUCAAUUCAAGAUAACUGACACAACCAUCGCUGACUCCAAGUUUCCCAGAGAAUAAAGGCUCUUCGAGGGGAUUUUUGUAGUUAGUAAAUUUUUCUUUCCCUCUGAUGUUUUUCUUUCUCUCCGUUUUAGUUAAAGUCUCAUUAACUGUUGGAAAGAUGUUCUUGGAUUUUUGUGCAGGCGUUCAUGUUGUCCUCAGGAUGAACUGGAACCUUUUUAGGUUCUUCUCUUUUUUCUGUGGUAUUAUGAUUCAGUCAAAACCUUUUUAGUGCUUUGGUUUAUGCCCGAAUACCUACAAAACCGAACACCAGCUGUGAUUAUGCUUAUUUAAUAUUAAUUGGUAAAUUCUGGCAUGAUAACUAAACUGCUCAUUACUCAUUACUAAACUCCCAUUUAACAGAUAUUCAGUGGCUCACUUAAGAGUAAGCAGUAAAUUUAAAUUUUGCCAUGCCUGUAUCACAUCAUUAUGCUGGCAUGCUGAUGCCAGCCUUUAUUGUCAAGGUAGAGUACGUAGGAAAAGUCUUGAGCCGCCCCUCAUUUCUUUAUAUUUUGCUUACUGUCAGCUUGCAGGUUUUCAUAAAGUGGUCUUGAGUAAUAGUUCUCCAGGCUUUCUGAAGGUCUUACUAUGAUUUUCUCUUGACAUUGACUACAUUUUCAACCAUUUUCAGUCCAGUUCAUAACCCUUUUGAAAGGAAUGUUUUUUUUGUUUGUUUAUUUGUUAAUUCACUCAUCACUGACCUAUGAGUCAUUCAAACAUAACAAGGCACCUAACUCAAAGGAUGAAUCAGUGUUGUGUCUACACAGACAACUUAGCAAAGAAUCAAUUUUUAAUUGCAUCUUUAGGCAGUUUGUUACUUGCAAAAACACAUCAAUUUACAAUUUCUUUAGUUGAUUUUAAAAGUGGGAAAGAGGACACAGUUUGACAGGAAUAAAAUAGCAUUCUUGUAUCAACAAGGUGAUUCCCAAAGAGCUAUAAGACAUAAACUUAGUAUCUCAGAAUGGUGUGCUGUGUGUUCUUACAAAGUGUCAAGGUGCCACAAGAAGAAGUGGCAGGCCUAAAAAACUAUAUGCAGCAGGAUCUGUAUCUCCAUCUACUGCUCACUGAAGCCUCAUCAGAAAUAGUCUGAUGAGGAAACCAAUCUGAAGGAAGGAAAACUGAAAAAACUGCUGAAGAAUGAAAAAUAACAAAAGAACUGGACUGAAAAUCAGUGACAAAAGGUCUUAUGGAUUGCUGAAUUCAAAUUUGAAAGGUUAUCAUCAGAAGUGGUCAGGAGAGAGGUACAAGAGUGAGUCUCUACAAAUAUUUUGUAAAACA